CGCGCGUCCCGCCCCUCGCCCCGGGGGAGGCAGGCUGAGACCGGCCGGAGCUACAGACUGUCUUCGUGCCUUCUCGCCCUUCCCACCGGCAUCAUGUUCCAGUUCCUGCUUGGAUUUACUUUUGGCAAUGUGGUUGGAAUGUAUCUGGCUCAGAACUAUGAUAUACCAAACCUGGCCAAAAAACUUGAAGAUAUCAAAAAGGACUUAGAUGCCAAGAAGAAACCCCCUAGUUCCUGAAGCUAACUACAGCUGUCUUGGGAUACACUGAUUGUACUAUCCUUGAAGGCCUUCUUUACCAUCUGAACCAAAAGCUUUUGUUUUAAACACCAGCCUCAGCAGCAGUUUUCUUCUUUGCUAAACCCUGAGUUGCCUUAGAGCAAAAAUGAGGCCACAAGUUAAGAACUACCCUUACUUUUCCAAUGUCCUUGCCUCUUCCCAUCCUUCUUCCAGCUGCUUGUGAGAUUCUAAGACUGGAAUUAUGGUGCUAAAUUAGUAAAUAUGUCCUUUAAUUAGUAGUCUUUUCUUUAUUCUUUGGGAUUUCUGCUACCUGUUUUCAAGAUAAAAAUUGAUGAGUUUUGUAUAGCUGAUCAGAUACAAAUAAUGCUAAUUUCACAAUUACAGCAAUAAGCAUUUGGUACUUAUGUUGUUUCACGGUAAUUAAAAUUAAUAUUUAGAAGCCAGUUUCUAGUGAAUUAUCCGUUUAUUUUAUAUUGUUGUCAGGCAGCUCCAUAGUUGCUAAUUUAACCAAUAAAUCAAUUUAUUCUUCAUUACCUGAGAAAUUAUAUUCUGAGAGUUGUGUCAGAACUGGAGAAUUUUUAAAGUAUGUAAAAUAAUGAUCUUUCUCCUCAGUAGAAUUCAUGGUCUAUUUAGUAUGCACAUUUUCCUUACUGAUAUAUUUGAUUCAGCUCUUUUCCCUCAAAAGAAGCAUUCUUAUUUUAAGAGAUUACAGGUGCAUUUGACAUUAUACAUUAAGUAAAUGAAAAGUGGUCUAUAAGGGAAAAUUUAUGCCUUUUCACAUUUAAAAAAGUUAUUUACAUUAUAACCUUUAGAGAUUCUUGUAAGAAAACUUUGGCCCAAAUGUAUAACAUCAGCACCUCAAAAGGAGAAUUUCUGCUUCUCUUUGCAAUUUAGGUUUUGUUUUUUCUUGCAAUCAGUAAUGACCCUUGUAAAUUGUCAGAUGUGUAAUUAUUACAUAUUUUACUUAAAUAAAAAAGAAAACCAA